GUGAUGCUCUGCCAGGCCUGUAUUGGGUAUCCUCCCUGGUGAUGCUCUGACAGGCCUGUACUGCAGCCAUUUUCCGUUCCUGCUUGUUUCAGGGACUUAUUGCCUUCAGUCUCCUCUUCAGCAUGUCAAAUGCAUGUUCAAUUAGAUUCAGAUGGUAUGUGGUGGUAUGUGGUGGUAUGCUGUGGAUCAUGGGCCAGAACUCUUGGGGUUCUUUCAGGUGCUUUUUAGCAAAGGGUAAUCUCACGCCUUUCUGUUCUUCAGGCUUAUCAGUGGUUUGCAUCUUGUAGUUUACCCUCUGUAGUCCUGGUGUAGUCUGGUGGUGUAGUCUUCUAUAUAUGGCAGAUUUGACAGAUCUACACCUUCAUCCAGGACAGUGUUUUUGAUCUGUUGAGCUGUGGUCAGGGAGGUUUUCUUCACCAUAGAGAGUAUUCUCCGGACAUCCACUACAGUGGUCUUCUUUAGUCUACCAGGUCUUUUGACAUAAAUCACUGGUUUUCUUUCUUCUUGUUACUGAUUAACCAAACUGUUGACUUGGGCAUGCCCAGGGUUUUGGCAAAGUUCCUAAUUGAUUGAUUCUCAUUUCAUUUAUGACGGCCAGCUCAUUUGCAUCGACACUGCUGUCUUCUUCAUGUUGUCACACCCCAACAACAACCUCCAAAGCCAAUAGCAAAGUCUAAAAUCAAGACUAUUAUCCUUUCAAACUCAAAGAGCUAAAGUACAGAACCAAAAUAACAAAAAGGUGGUCACUGUAGUUGGGUGCAUUCAAUGACAUCUGAGAGAACAAAUAAGCAUCCAGGACAAAUAUGCAUCCUAGUAUGAUCUUUCGCAGUAGAAUAUGGAAAACUCUCUCGAUAGCUAAAAGCAGUACCACCCACGCAUGAGGGGCAGUAAUUUAGCUAAGAUAUCCUCAUCAUCAUUAUGGCUGGGUUCGGCCUGAACAGCAACUUUAAAACAACUUCUCCCAUGAAGACGUGAGGGAAGAGCUCCUUAGCAGUGCUGAGAAAUUGGCGUCACCUGAAAUAUCAGUACCCGCCACAAGAGGUCACAGUUGACCAUGAUUUAAAACUACAUCAAUAACCUAGGCUACUGAGGAAUAAUGAAUUAUGGGUAACAUUUUAUUUUUGUAUCAGUCACCCAGUCCCAAAACGGGGAUUUCUGCUUUUAUGUUGAUUGAUAAACUUUGAACUAGGCAAGUACAUUCACAAAAUAACUGACAAUCCUGUGUCCAGUUAAUCCAGAGCAUAGCAUGCCCAUUUUGAAACAAAGCUACUAGUUAGCAUCUAAAAAGAGUUGGUAAAAGUAUCAAUUAUAUUCUUCUUUCUUUAUAGGUCCUGGGUGAAUGAAUAAUGUGUGUUGUUUUGUUUCAGUACUUUCACAAAAAGCCCUUGUCACUGUGUUCUCUGUAAUAAAUAUGGUAAUGUCUUACUAGUUGUCUUGACAUGAGUUGCACCCGAAACCCGAAAAAAAAACAUGUAUAGAGUGUAAAGAAACUGACUGGCCAUGGGAAUAUUUAGUUUUGUGACCAAUCUUCUCAUAUUACCGGAUUACAAAUGUAAUAUUAAAACAUAUUUCUUACUGAUACAUUUAAUUUUCUCUGACGAUGUUUCCUUUGAGUGCCGUGCUGAGGUAUGGCCUUUUCUUGGCAGUGCUCGGCCGGUGUGAUGCAGCUUAUACUUUCUGAUUACUGACCUAACAGUGCUCACUGGCAUAUCAAAUCACUUCUGUUGUCAGUUUGAUAUUAUUUUGAAUCCAAAUCAGUAGCACUUUGGACAGGGACAGCCACCAGUCCUUUGGGCCUGGUCGUCCUGAGGCGUGGUCCAAGGGCACCAGGAAAGUUACAGAGAGAAUUCCGUGGAUUCAAAAGGUAUUCGUGAACAUAUUUUUCCGACAGACCUUUGUCCCCCGUCACGUGAACUAAUGCAACAUAAGACGGGACAGGCUGACACCUAGUCCCACCGCAUAAUAAUACAGCAAUAAUUUGGUCAUUUGGGGAAGACAAGAACUGUGUCGGACCACUGCUGAGAUCUGUCCUGCUCUCCGUACCUCUACCUCCAGUGACCUCCCAAAUGCUUAAAUUCUGAUAUUUUUAUGGCCUGUGUUCCAUUGGCUGCUUGAAGUCUAAUAAAAGCAUUUAAAUGACAUAUUUUGGAAAACAUGUUAUUCUAAGAUAUUCUAAUAGCAUGGUUUGAUUGUCGUCUAGAGCAGCCGUUUUCAGUGACUUGCUGUGGACUUGUCUGAAUGGUGUGGGAAACUUUUUUCUGGGGGGGGGGGCUGCUUGAGAAGGAUCAUUUACAAGGAGGGCAAGGAGGAGCCAGUGAAUAAGGAGAAUGGAAAGCAAGGGAAGAAAGAGAGGGAGCGAGGAAGCGUAACCAAGUGACAUGAGUGGGUCAUGGGCAACGUGUUUGUGUUUGUCAUCACUGAAGACUGCCUGUGGCUGGCCUAACCAUACCGUUUUCAGGUUGAGGAGUGUCAGUGGCUCUGCCAGCAGAAGGCUGAGCUGCUACGUCAGGAACGGAGCUAAAAAUUAACAACCGAGAAGCGAAAAAAGACUAGAACAUGCCUCCCUGACCGUUGCCAGCGUAUUUGCAUACAGGCUUCAGGAUAUCCCCUCGGUGAAGAUGUAGUCCGUUUGGUUGCUGUGGAGAUGUCUCUAAACAGGGCCUCCUCUCACCUCCGCCCCCCUGCCCUGCUGUCGUGGCUAUUUUGGACUCUGUGGGUCCUCCUCCCCCCCAUGGCCGUCUCCCCGACAGCCAGCCCGGCGAACAGGACCCUGCUCUUCGACAGCGCCAGCAACGGCCUGCGUAACUGCAGCUGCCCCGCCCCAAUCCGGGACUGCGACGAGGCGCUGGCCAACAUUCGGUGCGGCUGUCGCACUGUGCCGCGCUCUGACCUGGCCCGCGGGGGCCUGAGGGAGGAGGGCGGUCUGACCGUGUGGUUCACGAACCCCUGGGUCCUCGCGGAGCUGCUGAACGGCAGCACGGUGGCCGACCUGCGCCUGUCCUUCUGCGGUGCCGGUCGCGUGAGCCACCCCGGCCGAUACCUGGCCCUGAGGGGGCUCCGCAGGCUGAGCUUGUACAGCGCCGCCCGGGGAGCCGUGCACCCGGAGCAGGCCCUCACCAUCGCCACCGGGUUCGGGGACACAGGGGGCGUGGGGUCCCUCUCCUCCCCCGCCCCCUCCUCGGCUUCCUCUUCCUCCGCCGUGCUGCACAUGUCCAUCCUGGAUGUGUCGGUGCUGAACGGGCUGUCACCCCUGAAGGCCUACAGUGUGAGCGCCCCUCCUUUGCUUGCCCUCCCACAGCACUUCCCCCACCUGCCGCCGUUCCAGGACCCCUACACCCCCCAAGACCGCCAAAAGGACACCCUCCUCACCUUCAUCUACUAGGACGGAAGUCGCAGUGCAGGGAGCAGGGCUGGGGGGGAGGGCUGGACUGGCACCUGACAUCGGCCCCCCCAGUGUUUCUAACAGGCUGGCCAAUUUCUCUUCUUUCUUCCUGGAGGUCUGCGUUUCAUUGCAUGUCACUGUCCUAAAUGCCAGAUGGCCUGUGCACUUCCGAGGCUGUGUGAGGUCCACCAAGCUCUGUCUGUUAAAGUGCACUGGGUGGGUUGGGUGUGUCACACAGAGGUAGUGAUUCCAAGAGGACCGUCCAACCCGGUGUUACUGGAGGGACUUGAAUGCAGAGUGUUGCUAAAAAAUGAAAGAAAACGAACACUUCUCAAGUAAUCAAGAAAACACUCUGGACAGGACGACACAACCUUCUGUGAGAAAAAGAUGGAGGCCUCCUUCGAAUUUCGACACAAGAAAAGGGUGGAGAAGAAGAGAGAUCUACAUACUGUUUAGAGGGGAUGAGGUCUGAAGAGGUUGAGAACGAGACAAGGACGCCAUCCGUCCGCUGGACUGAGUAAGAGCCUAGUUAUGGUUGCGAAUGUAGGGACAGUUGUCACUGGGUGAAGAUUAUGAAUAUAAAUAUGGCAUUUUUAAAAGGUUAUGAUGGUUGCCAUUUAAAUUGGUCUUUCUGGUUAAAACCCAGUCUGGUUUGAGGGCCAUGCACUUCAUUUUGUGUGGCUGUUCAACUGUCCAGUUCUGGACCCACUUUAAGCUGGACUUGGUUGGGUUUUUAUUCAAUUUGAAGCUGAUUGAAAAGCAUUGCGGACUGGUCUGAUUGGGAUCCAUGUUGUCCCGUGAGGAUGGAUGUUUUGUCCGUCUGCUUUCUGGUGUUCUGGAAUGCGUCAUGGCAUGAGCUUAAGCGUGUCCAGGUGCAGAAGGUGCCGGACAUAAGGCAACGAGGCUGUUGAACAGAUUCACCUGCUCAUGUCCCACCAAUGGCCAUGUCUGUACCCUGGUCAGGCCUACUUAUACCAAGUUAGAAAAGUAAAUGAAUCUAACUGGUAAAAUAAAAUGGACUAUAUUACUUACUGAGAAAAGAAUGGUACCAAUCUGAUGUCCAUUUCAAGCUUACACCUUGAGAAAGAACAACAUUAAUUUAAAACUACUCUCACAAAGACUGCAGCCUACACUGUUCUACAGAUCCUUUGAAGUCUCUCGGUGUGCUUGUGUACACAUGCAUAUGUUUCUGUAGUGUGUCUGUGUGUGUGUAUUCCUAUGUGUGCUUGUGUACACAUGCAUAUGUUUCUGUAGUGUGUCUGUGUGUGUGUGUAUUCCUAUGUGUGCUUGUCACUGCAAGUGUACGUGUGCAUAAGUGCACAGAUUUUUCAUCUACAUUGUGUGAAUGGUUGCUACGGAGACCUCAGGUUCCAUUGAUGCCUUGGGGUUGGACAGUAACACAGCAGUACUCUGCAUCCUCCCCUCUUUUAAUGCUAUAGUCCAGUUAGCAAAUAGGGUGCUAUUAGGUGUAAACUCGCUAGUAACUGUUUAUUUUAGGAUCCGUAUCCCUGACACAAGGCACUGACUCAAUACGGACAGGAAAACUGGCAUUACUCUGUCCGGUCUGGUAAAAGGUCAGAGCACAUUUGUGCUUGCUAGGUCAAUGCAAAAAUGAAUCUCCCACCGUCUGCACUGUAGCUGAAUUCUCAGUCAAACUCACGGUCACAAUUUGAAUUAAUUUUAACGUCAAAUUUAAUGGUAUCAGCGGCAGUUUUUUGUUGUUGUUGUUGCUGUAUUAUGUCCUUCUUAGUGGCCUAAGUAGUGUUAUUGACUCACAUUUUACCGGAUGGAACUUUGAUUUUAAAGUAACUUGGAUUUAAUCAUGUAUUCUUCAAUGUAUCACAAAAACUACUCAAAGUAUACCAUUUAUGUUUUGCAACAGCAGGUACAAAUCUAAUAUUGAUGAGUACUGACUGAGUACAGACUGAGUACAGGUUCUGCGGUGCGGGGACUGAAUGUAUACUGUAAGUAAUUCUGAGUACAUAUCUAUGGGUUAUCAAUGAAAUGUCUUGUAUUACAAAGAAAACUGAAAGGGAUUUUAUUUAAAAAUCGUUUGGUGGAUUUGAUUUGUAUAUAAUUUGGUUUGGCAGAUUAUUGUUUGUUAAUAAAGUAAAUCAGUACACAUUUGUUUCUACGUGA